UUCUAUUUUCUUGCUUUCUUUCUGUGUUUCUCCUCUGCUUUACACAUCUUGUUCCCUCAUCACCCUCCUUCCACUCUGCUGGGUCAUUGCUUGCUUCCUCUAAUCUGUAACUGUGUUUGAUGGAUUAGGUGACUUGCUGAUGCCUAGUGUAACGCCCCAGAGCACUGGGGGCAGCACUACUGGAAGCACUGCAGGAAGCAUGGGAACUCCUGUUGCAGUGGGGGGUAUUACAGCCGCUCCAUCCGCCACCCCUCCUGCUACCAAAACCAUUGUAGGAGAUCUGGACACAUCGCUGGCCAACCUGGUUGGAGACCUUGGAGUAAAGAAAAAGGACUCACAGAGUGAGAAGAAGCUGACAGGAGGCGCAAACUGGAUGCCACAGGUAGCCCCCACAAGCUGGGCUACACCGGGAGCCCCCAUGACUGGUGCCACCCCUGGAGCUCCUGGGGUGCCAGGAGCAGCUCCCCCUGGUGCAGCCAUGGUGCCACCAAUGAGUGCACAGCCUGGCUUUGGCAUGCCUCCUGCAGCAGGGCCUGGAGCUCCUAUGAUGCAGCCCAUGAUGGGGCAGCCUAUGAUGGGACAGCCCAUGAUGAGACCUUCCUUCACUGGGGUGGCCGGAGUUGCACCCGGAGCUGCUGCACCAGGAGCACCGCUUUCUCCAGGACCUGCAAGCCAGAGCCCCAAGAAGCCCAAGGACCCAUUGGCAGAACUUGACCUCAAGGACUUCUUAUAACACCCCAGCUGCUUCCCUCUUUGGAUCAGAGCCCCCUCACCUUUUUACCUGGUGUCUGUCAACAUCUCAGGAUGCCAGCGAUGUUCAGCUAUUCAACCUUAAUAAGAGCCUCUUUUCUCCACCCUACUCCAGCCCAGCCCUUCUCCUGUGUGAUGUCGUAGCACAAACUGUGAAAGUGAACCAUAGCGGAUUACAUAUAAAUAUAUGAGAAAAAAAUAAAAGCGUGUGCUUAUGUCGAUGUACCAAACUUUUGUCUAAACAAAAUCACUUAAAAAAAAAAAUUAAGCGCGAGAAAGCGAAGGCGUACGUGUUCGGAUUCAUUUCUAGUACUAAGUCGAAUGAUGGAUGUGCUUUGGUGUCCUGAGCUCCUCCCCUUAUUUGUCUCCGCCCCUUUCUUUGUCCGUACCUCCCUGUAAAGGGGGAGGGGCUCUCUUUUUGUCCCGCUCUGAUUGGAUUAGAGUGGGAAAAACAAACAAAGCCCCGGGAGAUUUUUCUGAGAAACAUGCUGUGUGUUGUUUACAGAAAGGUCCUCUUUGAUGUACAUAGAUUUCUCCGGGCCAGGAUUACGUCUCUAUUCUGUACGUGUGUUGAAGAGAAAUAUAAAUGUGAGUCAGACAUGAAGUUGUAAGAAGUGGUGUGAGUAUCCUUCUAUUUACCAUCAUCUUUCAACACUAUUUGGAAGCAAAUAUGACUACCGCUACAUGAUUAAUAUACUGUGUAUUUAGAAACCUCUUCUAUGGGCUUCUGAGUCAUACAAGACCAGCAAGUGAUCCUUUCGUUUGUUUUUCUUGUUUUUAACUGGUGGCUUAUUUUUCUACGUUUCUUCUUUUGUCUUUUUGUUUUAUGUUAUUCAUUUGUAUAUGUUCUGUUUGUUUUAGAAUAAUCCUCCAUACCGCUACUGCUAUUUGCUGGUAUUGCUAUUACAGGACAUAUCUUAAAAUGUACUUAUUCAGCACGGAGGUAAAUUCAGACUAUUCCUGUUUAACUGUCUACGUAAGUCUGGUUUUGACACUUCUCACACGGGGAAUGUCUGGUGCCUGUUCUUUCUUUCAGACUUUUUCAAUAGCAAUGCCAUACCAAACCCUGUGUUCAGCCAGCUCAAAUUAAUCAAUUUUACAUCCAGUUGAUUUAAGGAUUGAAAUUUAUAUUGAGUCAUUUCUAAUAACAACAGUUAAUCAACAUGGUAAACUAGCAACAACUAGAAAAUCCCAUCACUGACUUGGGUGUGGAUUAAAGGUACAUUAUGGAGUUUACAUACAAUAUUCUGCUUGCAUUCAGUAUUUCACACCAAAGAAAGCUGUUUAAGUAUCCCCUAUCUGUUGAUUAUGGUUAUGAUUAUGAAGCAUUUAUUUCAUGUAAAGAAAAACCUUUGAAAUGUACAGUGUUUACACCUCCUCAUCAAAACCUUACUCCUGUUAGCAGUGGAAAACUCCACAUGGUACCUUUAACUUCAGUGUUAUCUAGUAGUAUGCACCCACUGAGCAAACGUGGCCAAGUUAUAAUGUGAAGAAAAAAAUCAGAUCCUGCUGCUGUCUGAACACUGCGUUUGAGUUCUUCAUCUAAUCAGUACUGACGAUCGGACAAUUUUUAGUGGAACUGUAUGUAAUUCUGUAUGUGGCCACAUGAGGAACAGUGUGUAGAGAAACCCACAGGAGGUCACUGUCGGACCUUCUCAACGUGUUACCCAAAGCACUUCUGUUCCUGCUUACUUACAUUGGAAUCUGUAUGUUUUCAGUGUUGACAUAUGCAUAUGUUUGGACAUUGUUUAACACCGGUCCCCCUCUCCUGUGCUGUAAACUACAGACAGUUAUCAAGCUUACUCUGUGUGUUGUCCUCUUAGUGGAUUGGUUGUGUGAAUCAGAUGUGAUUCAGAGAAAAUAAUGGGAGAUUAUUAACAUUUUUCAUGACUAAAUUAUGAAAAUUGUAUUUUUGUUUAGUUGUAAAUUUAUUUUAUUUACAAUGGCCCUCCCCAUGUGCAUGUAAGCCCUUUGAGAUGCAAUAAAUUCAAUGAUGGAUUGAA